AUCUGUAAUCAAAUUAUGGUAAAAUCCAGGGAUGAGGAGCUGGCAACAGAAGUAGCAUGGGUGGUUGUGUAUCUUUCAGCCCUUUCAAAUGUUGCUUUCAGCAUGUUGGUGAAGAGUGAUCUCCUUCAAUUACUUGUGGAAAGACUGGCAACAUCAAAUAGUUUGCAAUUGCUCAUUCCGGUACUGCGUAGUCUAGGUAAUCUUGUUGCCGGUGAUGCUCACACAACUAAUGUUCUUGUUGCUGGACAUGGAAUCACAGAUAAUGUCAUAGCAGCUCUAAUUAAAUGUCUGAAAAGUGAGCACCGGGUAUUGAAGAAGGAAGCAGCUUGGGUGCUAUCUAACAUAGCAGCUGGUUCCAUUGAACACAAGCAGUUGAUUUAUUCAAGUGAAGCUGUACCAUUGUUACUGCGACUACUUUCAACAGAACCGUUUGAUAUAAGAAAGGAAGUAGCAUAUGUUUUAGGUAACCUCUGUGUUGCUCCUUCUGAAGGUUCCGGAAGGCCAAGUUUGAUUCUGGAUCACUUGGUUUCCCUUGUCAGUAAAGGAUGCCUUCCGGGUUUUGUAGAUUUGGUCAGGUCUGCCGAUACUGAGGCUGCAAAACUAGGACUUCAAUUCAUGGAGCUGGUCUUAAGGGGGAUGCCAAACAGCGAGGGUCCAAAGCUUGUUGAGAGAGAGGAUGGGAUCGAUGCCAUGGAAAGAUUCCAAUUUCACGAAAAUGAAGAGCUUCGAAACAUGGCUAAUGAACUGGUUGAUACAUAUUUUGGGGAGGAUUAUGGGCUCGAUGAGUAAAAGGAGAAUUGUGAACCGAGUGACUGAUCCCAUCUCCCACUCCCAUGUACGCAAUUGGCGCACAUUGAGUUGGCCUCAUCUUUUGUGCAAGUUAAAAUCAAUCAUAGAAUUUGCCAAAUGUUUGUUCAUAGUUUUGACCGUGAAGACAAAAAGUUCAGUCUUGUAAACUUUGGUGUAAGCAUAUCAGCUAAAGCGGUGUUGAUUAUGUUGAUUAUGUAUCCUCCGGUAUACGGUAGUGUUGUAAGAAACUGUCAUUGUUCUUGGCAUGUGUCCUAUUGUGGAAUUGUAUUUUCGGCUGAAGAUUAUAAGAUCGAAGACGAACAGUCCAGCUUGUGAUCAUCUUGACGUUUUGACGGGAAAAAUGGGCUUGCUUUGUUUU